AUGGCCGCUUACGGCAGUAGAGGUGGAGAUUCCUUCGGCCAGGGAAGUUCAUGGAGUUUCCGGGAACCCUUCGCAGUCGGCCGCGUCCCGACAUGGGCACGCGCUCGCCAUCGCCAAGAACCGAGGUUGCGAACAUUCCUCGACUCGUUCAAACGAGACCCGGUCCGCCGGAUAUCAACACAUGGCAUUUAUGCCCAGAGUCAUCCUGAUCAAUACCAAGCAGCCGACUCCUCGGAUGAACCUCCGACCGAGCAGAAUCAUGGGAGCCAUUACUUUGACCUGCACGCCGCCAACGUCAGGACGGCAAACACGGGUCUGGCCCGAGAGCUCAAGGGGAGACACUUGCAGAUGAUUGCCAUUGGUGGUUCAGUUGGUUCCGGUUUGUUCGUGGCCUCGGGCAAGUGUCUCUACCUAGGAGGUCCGGCCGCGCUCAUCAUUGCAUAUGGCUUUGUGGGUGUCAUGCUUUGGUGUACUAUCCAAGCUCUUGGUGAACUGGCCGUUGCUUUCCCCGUUGCCGGUUCCUUCUCGUCAUACUCUACAAGAUUCCUUGAUCCAGCGUGGGGUUUUGCCAUGGGGUGGAACUAUGCCCUCCAAUGGUUGACAGUCCUACCACUCGAACUCAUCGCAGCUUCCAUCACCAUCGGCUACUGGAACGACCAACUCAACAAAGCCAUCUUCAUCACCAUUUUCCUAGCAACAGUCAUCAUCAUCAACCUCUUCGGUGUCAAAGGCUAUGGUGAAGCCGAAUUCGUCUUUUCCAUUGUCAAAAUCGCCGCCGUCACCGGUUUCAUCAUCCUCGCCGCAGUCAUCAACAUCGGCGGCUUCGACGAUCCCCAAGGCAACACCGGCUACAUUGGCGGGCGCUACUGGACCAACCCCGGCGCCUUUCACCACGGUUUCAAAGGUCUCUGCUCCGUCUUUGUCUCCGCCGCCUUCGCCUUCACGGGUACCGAGCUGGUCGGGCUCGCCGCCGCUGAAACCGCCAACCCGCGUAAAUCCCUGCCGACAGCCAUCAAGCAAGUCUUUUGGCGCAUCACCCUCUUCUACAUUGUCUCUCUCACCCUCGUCGGCCUUAUCGUCCCUUACAACCACGAGCGCCUGUUGGGAAACAUCUCCCACUACUCCGUCUCCGACGCCUCAUACUCGCCCUUCGUUAUAGCCAUCGAGUCCGCCUCCAUCCAAGUGCUACCGGGAAUCAUGAACGCCGUCAUCCUCAUCGCCGUACUCAGCGUAGGCAACUCGGCCGUCUUCGGUAGUUCCCGCACCUUAGCAGCCCUAGCCGACCAGCGUCAAGCGCCCCAAAUCCUCGCCUACGUCGACCGCAAGGGCCGACCCCUCUUCGCCAUCCUUUUUGCAGCUUUAGUAGGCCUCAUCGGCUACCUAGCCGACCUGAAAUUCCAAUCCGACGUGCUGAACUGGCUGCUCGCCGUCUCGGGCCUUUCGUCCAUUUUCACCUGGGGCUCCAUCUGCCUCUGCCACAUCCGCUUCCGCCGCGCCUGGGCCCGCCGGGGCCGGUCCCUCACCCAAUUAUCCUUUACAGCACAGGCAGGCAUCACGGGGUCGUACGUCGGUCUUUUUCUAAAUGUCUUUGUGCUGAUUGCCCAGUUCUGGAUUGCGGCGUUCCCGAUUGUCACGUUUACGGAUAACCAGUCGGCGGCCACCGCGUCGCCGAGUAAAGUGGCGCAGAGCUUUUUCUUGCAGUAUCUGUGUGUGCCGAUUGUGGUGGCGUUUUAUUUGGUGUAUAAGUUGUGGUUUAGGACCAAGAUUGUCAGGAGUGAUGAGAUGGAUUUGGAUACGGGACGGAGGAGGGAUGUGAAUUUGCCCGUGUUGGUGAUGAGGGAGAAGGAGGAGGUGGAGGGGUGGCCCGGGUGGAAGAGGGUUUAUCGGUUUUUUUGUUAG